CUUUGGAGAAGUUCGGAAGGAAAGUCCAAAGAUAAAAGGAGAAAGGUAGAAAAGAUAAAGGUUUUUUGGAUUUUGUUUUUAACAAAGUUAAUUUGGUGAAAAGAUUAAGAAAUGGGAAAGAAAUCAAAGAACAAACGAGGAAAUAAAACAAAUAAUCAACCGAAGUCGCAGUCCCAAUCUGCUGUAUUGCCUGGAAGUAGUCAGGUGUCAGCUGCAUCUGGAUCUAGACAAAAUGAAAGACCUACAACCAGUACACAAGCAGCCAGAGCAGCACCCGCUGGAACUAUUCAAGAGGAACAACAGACAGAUCCAGAAAGGGUUACUGAGGUCGAAAGAACCUCAGCUCGCAGUAAGUUUCGACCAUCCUCUUCAAUGGCUCUAGCUUCGAUAGAACAAUCGGAAAUUAUAUACGAUAAUUUUCUUUUACCUGAUAUGAUGACACAGCGUCUGCAGAUGGCUUUUACUGGUUUAGAGCGUCAUAACUUCGCUAAACGCCCUGGAAUUGGAUUACAAGGUAAAAAGAUCGCUUUAAUAGCAAAUUACUUUCCGAUAGACAUACCAGAAGGCGAAAUAUACCAUUAUGACGUAGAUAUUGCAAAGCUUCUAUUUGCAUAUGAUGCGGGUGACAGCGAAUGUCUGCGCAAUCAUAAAAAGUACAAAUCCCAAAAUACAAAACAAAAGAGAAAUGUUAUAGAAGCGAUGAUUAGGGAUGUGGCCAUGUUUAAAAAUAUUCUACCAGCAUUUGACGGUGAAAAAAAUUUAUAUACUAGAAACUUACUACCAUUCAAAGAAGAGAAAACAUUUACUGUAAAACUUACGGACGACUUUAAUCCAAAAGACGAGAUAAGUUACGAAAUCCAAAUGAAACCGGUGAAUAGAAAAGAUACAAUGAAGAGAUCGGCAGAAAACUCAAUUAAUUUAGAACCAUUACAUCAGUUGUUAGCUGGAAGAUGCAGUGAUAUAACGGAGGGUAUCUUAAUGGGAAUCAUGGCGAUAGAAACCAUACUAAGACACGGUCCUGCCUUACGAUUGGUGCCAGUUGGAAGAUCAUUCUUCACCAAACCACAUUCGGACGAAGUUCCUCUUUUGAGUGGAGGAAGAGAAAUUUGGUUCGGUCACCAUCAAAGUAUGCAACUGUGCCAAUGGAAACCUAUGCUUAACAUAGAUAAAUCAGCAACAACCUUUUAUAAAAGCUGUUCCGUUAUCGAGUUUAUGUUCGAAGUGUUAAAUAUGAGUACUGAAAACAUCGAGUUGUCUUUAGGACAGUUCAGAGGUCUGACCGAUGCCGAAAGGAGGACAUUAGCCAAAGAAAUGAAGAACUUAAGAGUUGAAGUAACUCAUUUGCCUUAUCCUCGAAAGUAUCGAGUUCGAGAUAUAACAAGAGAAAAUGCAAAUAAUACAUUUUUCAUCAGAAAAAUUGAUAACGAAGAUGUUAGAUGUUCGGUAUCUGAAUAUUUUCGUACCACAUAUAGAAAAUUACAAUACCCAAACUUACCUUGUUUAAACGUGGGAAGUGAAAAAAAAGCUGUGCAUUUGCCAAUGGAGGUGUGCAAUAUUGUUGAAGGGCAACACUGCAAUAAGAAGCUGACUGAAAAACAAACAUCUGAUAUGAUUCGCUACACGGCUCGUCCUCCUGCCCAGAGGUUCAAUGAUAUAAAAGAAUCAAUUAAUGCUGUCUUGAAAGAUUUCGAACCGUUCUCCAGAGAAUUUGGCAUUCGGGUAAGUCCGAAACCCGUAAAUUUUACAGGCAGAGUAUUAAAUGCUCCACAAAUAACGUAUCAACAAAAUCAGGCCAUCACACCUUUCAACGGAAGCUGGGAUAUGAAAGGCAAAAGAUUUUUUACAGGAGCAAGUAUAGAAAAAUGGAUGCUGCUCAGCUUCUCGACUGCUAGAUUCUGCGACGAAAAUGCUCUGGAUAAUUUUGUGAGAAUGCUUAUAAACGGUGGAAGAAACGUAGGAGUAUAUUUUGCAUUACCCCUCGUAACUAAACGCUUUACCCAUCGCGAUGGAAGGCCAGCAGAUUUACUUAGACGAGCAAAGAAUAUGUAUAAAGAUCUGCAAUUAGCCAUAAUAGUGCUGCCAGCAGGAAAUAUCUACUCGGAGAUAAAAACUGUUGCAGAAACAGAACUAGGUCUUAUGACGCAGUGUAUAAAGGACGUAAACGCCACGGGUAGAAAAUGUAACCCUCAGUUAAUAUGUAAUUUAUGUCAGAAAAUUAAUGCUAAAAUGGGCGAGGUUAACAAUUCUUUAUCGCAAGUAGACAAACCUGCAAUUUUCAAGAAACCUGUAAUCAUCGUAGGAGUGGACUGCACCCAUCCCGCUCCAGGUGACAAAACAGGGUAUUCGAUAGCGGCAGUAGUGGGAAGUCUGGAUCCGUAUCCUAGUAAAUUUACGGCUUCCAUUCGAGUUCAGCAUAAGAAACAGAAGGUAGAAGACAAAAAAUAUGGACAGGAUAUUGUGAUCAAUUUGAAAGAGAUGAUGAAAGAAAUUUUGCUGGAAUUUUUCACAACAACAAAAGGAAAAAAACCGGAAAAAAUUAUUUUUUUCAGAGACGGAAUUAGCGAAGGCGAAUACCAGAAUGUGAUGGAGUACGAAAUGAGAGAAAUUAGAAAUGCCUGUAAAGAAAUGGCUCAAGGGGAGACCUACGAACCACCAAUCACAUUCAUCGUAAUUAAUAAACGUCAUCAUACACGUCUUCUUCCUGCAGAUCCGAGAGACGGUGUUGGAAAACCCGGAAAUGUCCCACCCGGUACUACAGUGGAUACUAACAUUGUACAUCCGGUUUUCAACGAUUUCUUUUUAUGCAGUCAUAUAGGCAUACAAGGGACAAGCAGACCUUCCCACUACACGGUUCUUUGGGACGACAAUAACUUCACAGCUGACCAGCUUCAGCUGUUAACUUACUCUUUAUGCCACACUUACGUAAGAUGUACCAGGAGCAUAUCCGUACCGUGUCCGGUUAUGUAUGCUCACCUUGCGGCAUUUAGAGCCAAACAAUACCUAAUAGCCAAAACUGAAGGUGUAUCGAGUAGCGAUACUUCCGAAAGCGAGGAAGUAAUUAUAUCAGAAAGCAUUAAAAAAGCCAUUAGCGUAGUUGAAUCUAUGCAAAAUCGAAUGUAUUUUGUAUAAAUUUUCAUGCUAAUGUUUAACAUUUUAUCAAAAACACUAACGAUAUAUUGUACUCGAACAAUCUUUCUUUACAUACUUUUUGCAUACAUAGAGUUAUAUAUUUUUAAUUUUAAAUUAGUCAUAAAGUCGUUCUGAUAGAAAUGACGACAUUUAUAGUGAUGAUAAAGAAUGUGACUU